AUGGAAGGAAACUGGUUAAGAGCACGAGAAGUAACCGAGGAAAUCGUCGAACGGCCUGAGAAGGUGACCGAGGAAAUCGUCGAACGGCCUGAGAAAUUGACCGAGGAAAUCGUCGAACGGUUUGAGAAGGUGACCAAGGAAAUCUUCAAACAGCUUGAGAAGGUGACCGAGGAAAUCGUCGAACGGUUUGAGAAAUUGACCGAGGAAAUCGUCGAACGGCUUGAGAAAGUGACCCAAGAAAUUGUCGAACGGUUUGAGAAAGUGACCGAGGAAAUCGUCGAACGGUCUGAAAAAGUGACCGAGAAAAUCGUUGAACAACCUGGAAAAGUGACCGAGGAAAUCGUAGAAUGGCCUGAGAAAGUGACCGAGGAAAUUGUCAAACAGCCUGAGAAGGUGACCGAGGAAAUCAUCGAACGGUUUGAGAAGGUGACUGAGGAAAUCGUCGAAUGGCUUGAGAAGUUGACCGAGGAAAUUGUCGAACGGCCUGAGAAAUUGACCGAGGAAAUUGUCGAACGGCCUGAGAAAGUGACCGAGGAAAUUGUCGAACGGCUUGAGAAUGUGACCGAGGAAAUCUUCGAAAGGGUUGAGAAGGUGAUUGAAGUAAUCGUCGAACGGCCUGAGGAAGUGACCGAGGAAAUCGUCGAACGGCCUGAGAAAGUGACCGAGGAAAUCGUCAAAUGGCUUGAGAAGUUGACCGAGGAAAUCAUCGAACAGUUUGAGAAGAUGACAGAGGAAAUCGUCGAACGGCCUGAGAAAGUGACCAAGGAAAUCGUCGAACGGUGA